UGUCACCGAGGAUGAGCGGAGAAACAAAGCCGGAUAUGAAGCAAGAGGUGAUGAAGAACCGCCAGGUGGUUUAGACCAUCUAUUAAUUUUAUUCAUUAGUCCGGGUCAUUUGAUGGAAGCGCCGGCGGGGAGAACGGGUUAUCGGGAAGCUUUAGAUCAUAGCCUGAAACACAUUUUGUCCUCAAUAUGAAAUCGAAGUCCAAAAUCCGCCAAUAGCGGGAGCUUCUGGACAAAACCGAAUUCGCAGGUCGCAUGCAUUAAAUAAUUAUCUACACCUCACGUUUUCCCUCCCUUGAUGUUCUCGAACGGAGGAGUGUGGAGGAGAGAGCGAUUCGACCCCGCAGCCGAUGCCCGGAGAAAACAGCAGCCUGUGUGCAGGCAGCUGUGGACGACAGGAAGGUGGUACCCACGAGUCGGUGUUUAUUAUCUGGGAUCUGACUCCGGAGGCACGUCGCUGAGGUAUGGGCUGCGCUCCCAGUAUCCACGUCUCUCAGAGCGGGGUGAUCUACUGCCGAGACUCAGACGAAUCCAACUCCCCCCACCAGACCACCACCAUCUCUCAGGGCAACGCAACCACGCUCCACGGGCUCUUCAUCAAGACCGAUGCGGCCGAGACCAUCCCUUCCGUCAUCACCUACCAGAGUCGGCACUCGCGCAACAACUCGUGCCGGGAUCGCAAGGAGAACAGCGGAGGGCACAUCCGCAUCGAGGCCGAGACGCAGACCAGCCACACCAGCGUCAAGGUUUCAGCUACAGAAGAAUGUGUAGGACCCAUGAGAUUGUCUCAAGAGCCAAUUCAGGUCUUGCUCGUGUUUGCAAAGGAGGACAGCCAAAGUGAUGCCUUCUGGUGGGCCUGUGACCGUGCUGGUUUCAGGUGCAACAUUGCACGGACGCCCGAGUCUGCCGUUGAAUGUUUCCUAGACAAGCACCAUGAGAUAAUAAUCAUUGAUGGACGUCACUCACGCUAUUUUGAGCCUGAAGCUGUUUGCCGGAUGAUCCGUGCCACAAAGCCCUCUGAAAACACAGUUAUUCUAGCUGUUGUGCCACAAAAACCGUCUGACCAAGAAGAGCCAUCUGUUCUUCCUCUCCUCUGCGCUGGAUUUAGCAGAAGGUUUGUGGAGAACAACAGUGUGUCAGCAUGCUAUAAUGAGCUCAUACAGAUGGAGCAUGGAGAGGUGCGCUGCCAGUUCAAACUCAGGGCUUGUAAUUCCAUCUUCACUGCCUUGGAGCACUGCCAAGAAGCUGUGGAGAUCACCAGUGAGGACCACAUAAUACAGUACGUGAAUCCAGCAUUUGAACGGAUGAUGGGCUAUCACAAAGGGGAAUUGAUCGGGAAAGAAUUGACUGAACUUCCCAAGAGUGACAAGAACAGAGCUGAUCUGCUGGACACCAUCAACAACUGUAUCAAAAAAGGAAAGGAAUGGCAGGGCAUUUAUUAUGCCAGAAAGAAAUCAGGGGACAGUAUACAACAGCAUGUGAGGAUAACACCAGUCAUCGGCCAAGGAGGGAAAAUUCGACAUUUUGUAGCCAUCAAGAGACCGCAUAUUGACAACAACAAUCAGCUCCACAAGUUCAACAAGGAGGAGAGAUACAGCGGGGAACAUUCUCACUCAGAGUGCUAUUCUCUACGACACAGAGACAGAAGAAAAGAUUCCAUGGACGACCGAUCGGUGAGCUCCCGUAGUAGUGACGCUCCCAGUUUACAAAAUCGAAGAUACUCUUCUGUGGCCAGGAUUCAUUCUAUGACCAUCGAGGCUCCAAUAACAAAGGUAAUAAACAUCAUCAAUGCGGCUCAGGAGAGUAGUCCAGUAACGGUAGCCGAAGCUCUGGACCGUGUGUUGGAGAUCCUGAGGACCACUGAGCUCUACUCCCCUCAGCUUGCCUCCAAAGAAGAUGACCCACACACAAGCGACCUGGUUGGCGGGCUUAUGAGUGAUGGGCUGCGCAGACUCUCUGGGAAUGAAUAUGUUUUCUGCAAAAACAUGAGUCAGAGCCAGCUGGCUAUCCCAGUCACUUUGAAUGAUGUUCCUCCAAACAUCGCUGAGAUGCUGAAUGAUGAGGAGUGCUGGGAGUUCAACAUCCUGGAGCUGGAGGCAGCUACACACAAAAGACCGCUGACGUACCUAGGCCUGAAGAUUUGCACAAGUUUUGGAGUGUGUGAGUUCUUAAACUGCUCGGAGGCUACACUGCGCUCCUGGCUGCAGCUCAUUGAGGCCAGCUACCACUCCUCUAACUCCUACCACAACUCCACACACGCUGCAGAUGUGCUGCACGCUACAGCCUACUUCCUACGCAAAGAGAGAGUCAAGAGCAGUCUGGACCAGCUGGAUGAGGUGGCAGCACUGAUAGCAGCAGCAGUCCACGAUGUGGACCACCCAGGCAGGACCAACUCCUUCUUGUGUAACGCAGGUAGUGAACUGGCCAUACUCUACAAUGACACAGCCGUUCUGGAGAGCCACCACGCAGCCCUCGCCUUCCAGCUCACUGUCCGUGACAGCAAGAGCAACAUUUUCAAGAACAUCGACAGGACUCAGUUCCGAACGCUGCGACAGGCCAUCAUAGACAUGGUGCUGGCCACAGAGAUGACCAGACACUUUGAGCACGUCAGCAAAUUUGUGAACAGUAUCAACAAGCCAAUGGCUGCCAUAGAGGAGACCAGCACGAGUAGCAUGAACAGUGACUGUGAGGGUCAGGCCAACAUCAGAAACUCUCCAGAGAACCGUCUGCUGAUAAAGAGGAUGCUGAUCAAGUGUGCAGAUGUGGCAAACCCCUGCAGACCACUCGAGCUCUGCAUCGAGUGGGCUGGACGGAUCUCUGAGGAGUACUUUGCACAGACAGAUGAGGAGAAGAGACAAGGGCUGCCAGUGGUGAUGCCCGUUUUCGACAGGAACACCUGCAGUGUCCCCAAAUCUCAGAUUUCCUUCAUAGACUACUUCAUCACUGAUAUGUUUGACGCCUGGGAUGCCUUUGCCACCCUUCCUGGCUUAAUGGAACACCUGUCAGAGAACUACAAAUACUGGAAGACCUUGGAUGAGAUGAACUGUAAGAGUCUACGUCCUCCGCCUCCUUCAUGACCGAGUCCACAUCUCCUCCUUACAUAUAUCACUCCAAGCAGGGUAGGACAGUGAACGAAGCCCUGCAGUGGAACAGUUACUCUUUUCAGCUGGGAUUUGACAGAAGUCCGUGACCUCUCAGGGGUUCCUGGAUACGGCCUGAAAAUUUUGUAAUCGGAAGAAAACAGAUACGCCGUUUCCAUCUCAAAUCACAGCCUCUUGUAUGGUUCUAGCUGGAAGUGGUACCAGUAGAGAACAGGUGGUCGCUGGAGGUUGUCUCCCUGUUGCCACUUUAUGGCCCCCUAAAGUAUAUCUUGAUAGCACCUCCAUGGUACAGUGUGGACCUCAUGGGUCACCUGACAAUCUGUACCAAACAGUGUAAUACAACAGAAACCUGCACUUUAGCUAAUCAUGACAUCUUACAUUUUGAACUCCCUUUUUGUUUACUUUGCUUUUGGAAGUUUUCUUUAAAGCGAAUCUUUUCUUUCUGUAUCGGUAUACUGCUAUAAAAGAAAUAUGGAAAGUAAGACGUGACAAUUGCCAGAGGCACUGACUGAAAACAAGAAGCUGAAGUGAUCUGGGCAUGCAUUUUAGUACAAGCGAGUGCAAAUCUCCAUACUUCCUUUUUCACAGUUCCAGCUAGUAAAAGGUGCUUAGCUGGAAUUAAUCUUUGCAUUAGCUGUGAAACAACGUAGAGACUUGUGUCUGGGACCAAAUUCCCUUCAAUCCCUGUCCAUUCUGGCCCUGUUCAGACAAAAUCUAAAAGAAAGGGCACUUCCAGGAGUACUUACCUAUGUACCAGGGUGCAGUCCUCAGAUUGCCGAUUGUAGGGCUAUUUUCGUGACAAUUGCUGGAUCCUGAGAUCAUAUAGCUGCAGAAUACCUUGUAAAAUUCCACCUGAUAACCUACUGUCAUUUCUUCUCCAUCACCAUCUUACGUGCACUGUGAAAGCAGCUAGUGAGGAUAAUGAAGAUCCUUGUCAAACCUGCAUGUCAGAACAAAUGGAGGAACAGAAUUGCACUGUAUCAGAGCUAUUUAGUUAUCAGAUGUUACACUCAUAGCUUUGUGACACUAACUGUAGACAUUUUCACUCCCCCAAAAAAAGAUUGACUUGCAAGUAUUUGAACAACAUAGUUACAGGCUUUCUAUUUGAGCCUAUGCUUGGCUAUUGAUCGGGGUACGGUGUGUCAGGUUUUGUAGUUGACAUGUUUUUAGUGAUGAAAUGAAGCCCACAUUGACCUGACAGAUGUACGAAGGAGCUGCUGAGCCAUGUUUAGAUUGUAAAAGCACUGCUGCAAAGCCAGAAUCUCUCUCUCGUUUGUGUUUUUUGCUUAAGCAUUUUUACUUAGGCUUGAAUCCUGCAACAAAAAUUCACACUGAGGACAUUCGGCCCCUUUUUUUGGUGGGAGAGCGGGGUCUUUUCAAUGAUAUGGCUUCCAUCUACAGGUGGUAGACUCUAAAUUUGUCAUGUUGUCCGUGAAUCAAAUCAAACCAACACAAAGGCCCAAUUUCAAUCUGGCACUUCCACUGUGUGGAAGAGUCUGUUAAUUAUGAAGGAGGGCAGAAAUAAAGCGGGAAAAUCUGGGAUGCCCUCACCUUUCUCAGGUGAAAACAGGAACUUCCAAUCAGCUCCUUUGGAGAUGUACACCGCUAUGAGAUGAAUGUAUUAAUAUGUCCAUCACAUAUUGGAAAAUACGCCGUGUUGUGUUUCAGUUUGAUUCAGGCAUUUUUAACAUGCUCCCAGUGGUUAUGAUGAUUUUACAUACUGCUCUCUGUUAUUAGAAUAUGUUGCAACAAAAAUAAGAACAAAUAAAUUCAGAUGCACUUUUAAAAACACGUACAAAUGUAGAAAAUUUCCACAAGAGUAUUUUUCAUACUGAGAUAGUCUUAAAACAGUCCUUCAUAUCUGUAAGUGUGUUUCCUCCAUGUAGCGAGUAAGUCAGCACCGGUGCACACUUGGUGUUUUGCAAACUCUAGAGCCCAUUCCCACCUAAGGCUUGUUGGCUUGGAACAGCACUUAAUGUGGCCUCCACAUUAAGUGCAAACAGAGUGAAAGGGUGUAGGUAGCUGGACUGGAAUUGGUUCAGGAUUACAUUUCAUCCUACUGUGAUUGAAGAUGAAAUACACAACAGCUUAAUAAAACACUACUCACUAGACUUGGAUAUUUAAGAUCACCUCUGUUAAGCUUUAAUAUCUGAAGGUGAAAACAGCACUGGAAUCCACUACUGCCAGCAGCAGAAUCUUUGAUAGACUUUCAUAAUAAAUUAUUUUACAAAUUCCAAAAAUCAAAAUGGCGAUAUCCAGAUAUCUAUAGGCUACUACUGUGGUGAUCUUAUGUAAUUACCUGUUCUUGUCUCAACUCUCCAGCUCAGCUGCUGGUCUACAUGUGCAAGUAUGUGCGUGGUAAUCCGGGAGACGCACAUCAAGCAGUAUUAACCAAAGGCACAGAGAGCUCUUUAAGGUGCCUUAUUCUUUGGUCAUCUUUACAGAAACACAAGUAUUUUUGUUGAAACAUUUCCUCCUCUAUACAAAAAAACAAAAACAAAAUAAAAAUAAAAAAAACACAAAAAGAAGAAAAGCCAUACGUGUUUUAGAUGUUUUUAAAACUAGGAUAUUUGGCCUGACGCAUCACGGUCUGUGCUACAGUUCUGAGUUAGUCAGUGUUGACGGCCCCCAACGCUUUUUCCAUGUAUUUUGUACAACUACGAGAUUUUUAACGACAGAAGCUGAACCAGGUGCAGUUGGAUCAAACGCACGUUCCUUAUUUGUUCACCUCCAUGAUGUACACGAUGUAUUCACACUGAUGUUGUUAUUAUGCUGAGGAUGAAGGUCUUAAUCAACGCCUUAAUCUUGUUACGUCUCACUGUGUAGCUCUGCUAUUGUUGCAAUACACUGUAAACUACCUAAUGUAUCUGCUGUUCAUGUAAAUACUCGGCCAAUAUUAUUUUUGCUUUGCUUUUUACAUAUUUUGCUUUCAUACCUUUUUGUUGUGGAUGUUAUGUGUUGCUGUUGAUUUCCAAAGUUCUGUUUGUUUGUUUUUUUUAGGGUGACUUGAAAAGCGGCUCCACCUCUGAAUGUUUCAUAGCUGCUAUUGUUGACUAUGAGAAGAUAUUUUUGUUAGUAUACGAUGAAGAUUUCUAUUCACACAGACAAUUUAAAUAUUUCAGAUUUAAAUGUCAGACAGCCAUGCCUUUUCCUUGAGCAGUAACAAGCAGAAUAUGAUGAGCUCAGUUACAUUCGAUUACAGCCGGUGACAUAACGCUUUGCUUUGAAUCUACUGAGCCAGAAGCAGAUUGUAUAACAGCUUGUUAUAUAAAGAGAAGCCUUCAUCACUUACAGAGAUUUCGAUUUCCCUCUCAUCAAUAAAACUGUUGGCCGUGACUGCAAGAACGUGCCAGUUCUAUCUUUUGUAUCAUUUACAACCAUGACAAUAAUUAGAAAGUGAUAAUAUAUAGAGUACGGAAAAAUAUUUUUUGAAAAACACGAGUUAUUGGCCAUGAGAACUGCAAUGUUUUCAAAGAUGUUACUGCCUCAAGCAUAGUAGUUACAAAAGCUUUACGUAAGAGCCGCCAUGUUUGUUGAAAAGGUUUAAUGUAUUUUGCUCUCUCUGGUCUUAUUUUGAUGUUUUCUGUCAAACACAAAGUUGUAUUGUGAGAGACAAUUAAAAAGUUCUUUCAAUAUAAAGUUGUUACGUUAUUGGCACAAAGAUGUUUUACAGGAAUCCUUUCAAGCUGAAAUGUUUGCCUUCUUCCCAAGAGUUGGAGGACAAAAUCUAAACGACACAUCUUUACAAAAUAAAAGGUUUCACUUACCAGCAUCCUGAAAGCUAACUGAAUAAGUUAUGUGUGUUUUGUUUUAAGGUAUUUACUAAUGUUUUUUUUUUCAAAUUGUUGGAAAAGAUUCCAAAAUUAACUAAAACUGUCCACCAUCUCCGAUCUGUGAGACAUCAAUUGACAUAAACUACAGCUGGGAUGUAUUUUCAUAAUAUAAUAUAAUGUUGUACAAAACAUGUUGUUGUGAUCAGGAUGCAGUGCAUCAAGUCCUUUAGUUGACGUGUUGAUUAAAUAAAGCCCACAUUGGGCUGACAAAGGUGUGAAGGAGCUGCAGAGCCAGCAUCUCUCUCGUUCGUGGUUUUUGAUUAAGCAGUUUUACUUAGGCUUGAUACCUGCAACCUAAAUUCACGCUGAAGACAUUUGGCCUCUUUUUUCCAGUGGGGGGGGAUUUCUAUGUUUUGACUUCCAUCUAGUGGUGUUCUACAGGUGGUACACACUGUUAUGCUACAGUUCUGAGUCGGUGAUGAUGCUCCCAAGACUUUUUCCUAUGUUUUGUACAACUACUAGAUUUUUAAUGCCAAUAUUAUUUUUGCUUUAGCUUUUUACAUAUUUUGCUUUCAUACAUUUUUGUUGUGGAUGUUAUGUGCUGCUACUGUUUUUUUUAAGGUGACUUGAAAAGCAGUUCCACCUCUGAAUGUUUCAUAGCUGCUAUCACUGACUAUGACAAGAUAUUUUUGCUAGAAUACGAUGAAUAUUUCUAUUCACACAGACAAUUUAAAUAUUUCAGAUUCAAAUGUCAGACAGUCAUGUCUUUUCCAUGAGCAGUAACAAGCAGAAUAUGAUGAGCUCAGUUACAUUUGAUUACAGCAGGUGACAAUACUUUGCUUUGAAUCUACUGAGCCAGAAGCAGAAAGCAAGUACAGUAACAGCUUGUUAUAUUUUAAGAAAAUCCUUCAUCACUUGCAAAUUUCCCUCUCAACAAUAAAACUGAUAUCCAUCAGUCCAUCAGUGCAAUAAGUGCCAAUUCUGUUUUUUAUAUCAUUUACAGUCCAUCUGGAAAGUAAUAACAGCAUCUUAAUCUGUUCCACAUGAAACAGCCAUAUUCCAACAUGGAUUAAAUUAAUUUUCAUACAUAAUUUAACACACAACACCCCAUAAUGACAAAUGAAAAAAAAAUUUGCUUAAAAGUCUUGCGAACUUAUUAGAAAGUUAUAACAUGCAGUUAAGUAUUCACAGCCUUUGCUCAGUUCUUUGUUGAAGCGCCUUUGACAGAAUUACACCCACAAGUAUUUCUGAGUGUGACCCUACAGGUUUGGCACACCUUUUUGGGGGAAGUUUCUGUCAUUCUUUUUUCUUCUUUGCAGCACCAUCAUGCUCCAUCAUGUUGGAUGGGAGCGUUGGUGCACAGAUAUUUUCAGAUCCAUCCAGAGAUGUUUGGGUUCCGGUCUGGACUCUGGUUGGGCAACUAAAAGACAUGAUGCUCCCGACAUGACGCUUGGCAUUCAGGCCAAAGACUGUGAUCUUUGUUUCAUCAGACCGGAGAAUUUUGUUACUCAUCUGAUAAAAAGGAAGGACUCCCAUCUGAGAGCACUUCAGGUACCUUUUGGCAAACUCCAGCUGAACUAUCAUGUGCCUUUUACUAAGCAGUCACUUCCAUCUGGUCACUCUAUCAUACAGGCCUGAUGGGUAGAGUGCAGCAGAAAUGCUUGUCCUUCUGGAAAGUUCUCCUCUCCAUAGAGCAACGCUGGAGUCCUGUCAGUGACCAUUGGGUCGUUGGUCAACUCCCUGACUAUUGCUGAGACUGGCCAGGCAGCCAACUCUUGGAAUAGUUCUGGUGGUUCCAAAUAUCUUCCGCUCAUGGUUGAUGGAGGCCACUGAGCUCACUGUGACCUUUAAUGCUGCAGAAAUGUUUCUUUUUCCCCCAAUCUGUUCAUCGAUACCAGUUUCAGAGGUCUACAGACAAUUCCUUGGACUUCAUGGCUUGGUUUGUGCUGUGACAUGCACUGUCAGCUAUGUCCAAUUGGCUGAAUUUACCACAGGUGGACUUCAAAUUAAGUUAGAGAAACAGACAGAUGACAGAUAUCGUGGAAACACGAUACACCUGAACUUGGUUUUAAGUAUCAUGGCAAAGGCCAUAAAUACUUAUGUAAAUCUUAUAUUUUCAUUUUUUAGUUUCCAUAGAUUCACAAGAAUUUCAACUCUUUUCACUCAUUAUGGGGUAUUAUGUGUGGAAUUUUGAAGUAAAAAUUAAUUUAAUCCAUUCUGGAAUAAGGCUGUAACAGGAAAAACAUGUGGAACCAGUUCUGCAAAUACUUUCCAGACACACUGGAAUAAUCAUGGCAAUAAUUAAAAAGUGAUAAUGUAUAGUGUGGAAAAUAUUUUUGAAAAAUACAAGCAUUAUUGAAUGAUGCCACUGCUAAAGCACAGUCAUUCUCAUAACUCUCAAAAACACAAAGAAGCAUAUCGUCAAACUACAUUAAAAAACCAAACAAACACACAAAAAAAGCAACAACAGUGCAAAUGAUUACAUGUAUAAGCUGCUGAACCU